AUGAUGUCGCGCUGCAGGAAGAAGAUGGCGACGAAUAUGCUUCCUGCAUUUAACCUGGAUAUUGUCCGGCAGUACACAGACGUGAUAAUGGACGUUGAAAACGAACAGGUGUGUAAUGCCGCCGCGUGCCACCCUAUCACCGACAUCAACAAUAGGGUUUUUAUUGGCACGUGGCGCGAUGCCGCGGAUGAACAGUUGCUACGCCGGCAUCGCAUCACUCAUGUAUUAAAUGUGGCGCGUGAGUUAAUUCCGGAGGAGGAACUUUGCCGGAUGAAAUCCAUACAGUUUGUGAAGAGUAAGUGCAUCCCGCUGAGCGAUAGCCAGAAUGAGGAUUUGGAACGAUAUUUUGAUGAGGCCUUUGAGUUUAUUCGUAGCGCCGUUCAUCAGGGCAGGAUUUUAGUGCAUUGCCGCCGCGGAAUUUCCCGCAGUGCGGCAAUAGUGAUUGCGUACAUAAUGGCCUCUGAAGGGCAGUCUUUUCGAACGGCAUUUGAAAAUGUGCGUAUGAAACGGCCUUGCAUCUCACUUAACCUGGCAUUUAUUCAGCGAUUGGAAGAGUUUGAGGCUCAUCUUCAUCUUAUGCGUCCCACUUAUGGGAUCGAGUACGACGGGAAAGAUGAUUUGCACGCGGAGUGCGUGGAUGUGAUGCAUGUCAACGAAGGUGUUCUUUCUGAGCCUCAAAGUACGUUAUUAGAGAUGCGAUGCGGGUUUGAGAAGUGA